AAAAAAGCACAAAGCCCACCCAUCCCUCGCCAUUCCUGCUGCGCGCCUGAGCGCCUCCCUCACCUCCGCCCCAAAUCCCAAACCCUAGCGCCCCCAGACCGCCAGAUCCCUCCCCUCCCGGCGCCCUCGCCGCCAUGCGGAUUCGAAAGAGCGCCUCCCGCCUCCUCGGCUCCGCCUACUCCGCCUCCGCCUCCGCCCCGGCGGCCCCGGGCCCCGACGCGGCGCCCCCAUUCGAGCUCCCACCCCAGCCGCCGCCGCCGCACCUGGUGCCGUGCUCCGCGCCCGAAUACUGCGGCGGGGGCGGCUUCGCGACUGCCUCCGGGGAGCCCUGCGAGCUCAGCCGCUCGCCGUGGGACCUCAUUGCCGAGCUCAGCCUCUCCGAUCCCCAGGUGGAAGAUGACCUCUUGGACAAGUACUUCGUCCAUGUCGCGUGCCGGGCUAGCUGGCUCUUCACGGCCAGCAUGCCCGCCGCCUCCGUGAAGAAGGAGAAGCUGGCCGUGGCCACGGCUAGCGAUGGCAGCACGCAGCCACGGCGUGAGGUUGCGAAGAAAGUGCCAAAGAAGGUUGCAAUGAGUAAGGAGAAGGAGAAUAAGGAGGGCGAGACCAAGAAGAAGGCAAAGGUUAAGAAAGAGGACGGCGAGGACGGAGCAGCACAGGUCUGGAAGUGCAAGAAGAACGACGGCAAGAGGUGGCACUGCCACCGGAUAGUGAGCCGCCCCAACACCCUCUGCAAGUACCACUUCGAGCAGAAGCGCUCCUACUUGAACCCAGAGUUUGCUUCGGCAGUGGUGGCAGAGGCAUCGCCGCCUCUGGCAGCAGCCUCCAAGCCCGCCGCCACUAGCUUCAAGCCACGAAAGAAGAAGUCGAGCGAUGAUUUCGGGGCAACCGAGGGCUUCUACUACUACGCUGGGUUUGGCCCGUUCCGCAGCAAGAGGCACUGCAGGAGCACCAUGCACGACUCUGUGCCUGCUGCAAAGCAAGAAGAAGAGGAGGAACCGCCCCGAGAUGCUUCUCCCCCGAAUCAAGCUCAGGCUGAUGACGAUGUUACCAAGCGGGCAGCCGCAGCUCGUGAUGACGAUGUGUCUAGCUGCGAUGACAUCGCCGGGAUCGCUGGUGGCGACGAGGAGAGCAGCGACGACGGGCUCGGCACCCCUGGCCGCAACAUGAACGGCAACGUUGAGCAUCGAGUGGGCAAUGGUGACCUGAAGACGAAGAACCCGUGGAAGCGGUGGAGGAAGCCCGUGAAGGCGCGGUCGCUCAAGUCCUUGAUGUGAGCAAGUGCGUACGUGCUCUAACACAUCCGUGGUGUAGAAGAGAAGUUAGCUAGCUAGGCAGGUUGGCUCAGCUUAGUUUCUUCCGGUUUUGUUGUUUGGCUUGACUUGUCGUAUAAGCUCCUUGACUUCUAUUUGCAUUUUGUUUUGUUGUUCCAUGGUUAGUCCUUGA